AAAAGCUAUAAAGGACCAAAUUAACCCCCAAGAUGACUGGAUGGCAUUCUCAUUGAUCAAAACAAAAAUUACUUCAGAUAAGCGUCGUGAAUGUGACACCUACAACCUGACCAGCCAGGCGGAGGAUGAGGACGAUGAGGUGAUUAGAUUGACAAGGAAACGAACUAAAAAAGGAAUUUCAGAGGGUUUUGUUGGAAAUGAAUUAACAGAUUCGGAUGAGGAGUGUGUCAGGGGUGUCAAGCUAUCCACCUUCCCUACUGCACCAAGGAAGCUGCAGCCCAUUGAGAACACAAAUAUGUUGCACAAUACUUCCCACGAAGAUGGAGCCAUGUCUGGCCAAGUGGAGCAUGCGGACAGUCCCUGGGGCAGUGAAAUGUCAACUCCUACCCACGAAGAUGGAGCCAUGUCUGGCCAAGUGGAGCGUGCGGACAGUCCCCGGGGCAGUGAAAUGUCCACUUACAACUCUGUAAGUCAACCCUGGGAUGGCCUUGUGGAAGCCUUCUCUGGUCCGGAGAAAUGUGCCGCCAGAUCUCGGCGCAAGGAAAUGUCCAGCUUAAUGAAAUGUUUCAGACUUGUCUGGCUUAGAGGAGCCAAUUAUUUUUUUGUUUCAUUUCAAUAUUGUACAUCUUUGAAUAUUCUUUGUUUUCUUCGCUGUCAAGAUGCAAGCACAGCACCUCGAGAGCAGAGACCUGAUCUCGUCAUGAAGCAACAGAUCAUGCAAGGGGUGGCUAUCGCUCCAGGUAAAGAAGCAGGACAGGGCACAGCGUCAUCAGGUCCAGACUUAACUGGUCACGGCACAGGCAUGACCGAUCCCGUAGUGAUGCCCCCAGUCCCCCGGCCAGUGUUCCAGAAAAAGGUCCUGAGCCUACUGGUCGACAUCCGCCAUCGCCUGAAGGAAACGCAGCCUGCCUCUUCAGCUGUCCUUAUAGAGAGGAUUGACACCAUGGAGGACUUUGAGUUACAGGAGCAACACUUCUCUGAUGCACAGGCCUUUGAUACCCUGGUGCUGCAAAUUUCAAGAAUCGGUGGGCGGAACACCAAGGACUGUGUCCACAAAGUGUUGGACAGGCUCUUCACCAACGGCCUCAUGGCCAAAUUUAAUUUGAAGGGCAAGGGGAAAAGUGGGAAGCGCCCUUUAGCGGGGACAAAGGUUUAUAGAGCAAUACAAGAAGGGCUCAUGAAAUUUGAUUCUGCAGCCACUGAGGAGUACAUCAAGGUGAUUGUGUCCUAA